AUGGCCAUGUCGGGUUCGGAUUUCGUUCAAGGAAGUGUUAUGGUUAAUAGGUGCGCUGUCUUUCUCUCCUUUAAAGGCGACAAGCGACUUGCUCAUCAUCAGAUCCUCUCCUUCUAUGACCGUCAUAUAGGAAGACCUCAAGGCCUCACCGCUCCUCUCGUCCCUCAGCCGCAUCAAUGUAAGCGAUCUACGAAGUUGAACCAAAGUCACGUGAUCCAUCGCGCUUCGGAUCCCUGUCAAGAACCCUUUCUUCAGUCUGGGGCUUGCUCACCGAGCACAGUUUUCGUCCUGUCAAGGAAAGUAGAUCUUAUAUAA